AUGAAAUAGAGAGCGAAACCUUCCCGUCAAGGCCAUUCUAGCAGCAUUGUAACACAAUUUGCAGACGAACAUCUGAUUAUCCUGUGUAAGUGGGCAAUUAUACCCUGGCGACCAACCAGAUCAACUUCGUGCUCGUCGUCAAAAAAGAUACCGUAAACCGAAUCACUCGCAUAACUGCUGCAAUGGCUCCUCUACAGCCUCAUUGGGACCAGCCGUCUCAUCCCGAUGUCCAGGAGGUGAUCAUCAACGAGCAUGAGUUUACAUCCAAGAGCUUGUCGAGGAUCUCACUGCCUCCGUUCGGCUUAUACGCCAAAAUGUCGUUCCCUCCUUGCACAUUGGCCGAGAAACCCACCUAUGCCACCGUCCAGUGUGGCCGGGACAGCCAUUUGAGUCUCAACAGUGAUCUGUUGUACAUCAACCACUCCUGCGAACCAUCUCUAAUCUUUGACACAUCGAAUUUCAACAUCAUCGCGGGACCAAAUGGCCUCCAACAAGGCGAAGAGCUUACCUUCUUCUACCCCUCGACUGAGUGGGAAAUGGCUCAGCCGUUCGACUGCCUAUGCGGCAAACCCACCUGCCGCGGCCGAAUAAGUGGCGCCAAGGACAUGGCCCAGAACCAGCUUGAAGGUCUUUGGCUCAAUGGCCAUAUUCGAGAGUUGCUCGAGGAGAAAAGCUGGGCGAAGGGGGCUAGCGAUGGGGGGAACCUGUCUGGAAAUGGCAGUGCUCCUCCUAUCGAGAUCCCUGACGACGCCACCGCGAAAGCGCUGAAAGAUGCCUUGAAACACGCUGAAAUGGUCGUCGAGGCUGCCCGGGUUGCUCUGAACUCCUACUUGCAAUCGUCUCAAGAGAUUGUGUUCGGCAAUGGAGGGCGGAAGAAUGGGUUUGAUCAGACUUCUAACCGCACCACCAUAGAGACUGGUAGUGCGGACUUUGCUUCCCACGCCGGACUUGUCUCUGGAGGGGUACGACGCGGCCCGACGUCAAGGGAGCUGAGCGGCGAGAUGGGUGGUGAUACAAUUGCCGCAUGAAUGACAAACGGGAGAGAACGGUUUGGUUCAUUCUUGCAAUACCAACUGGCUCUAUACUGCUGAUGUCUUCUUCUAUGCCUCCGGACAUUUCUCUCUUCAUUGAUUCAACAUCAUGUCCAAUAAGUAGCUCUCAACAGACUACUUAGAUAUUGAUGCAAAUGAAAAGACGGAGUUGGCGGGGUUUUUUGGUCCGGGUUUCGGGGAUAUCGUCACUCAUUCAAUCAAUAUAACCAACCAUCUGAACAAGUCGUAACACA